ACGAAACGACGACGUCUAGUCUGUCUCUCUCACCUUGACGUUAAAAAAAAACGUUACAACACUCAGUCGUCAGGACCAAAGAGGAUUUGAUUUGAUUUGAUUUGAUUUCUCCACAAGAGAUCCGACCCGAAUCCGAAAACCCGGAAGCGAAGAUGGGCAAGGAUGGUUUGAGCGACGACCAAGUCUCAUCAAUGAAAGAAGCGUUCACGCUCUUCGACGCAGACGGCGACGGCAAAAUCGCGCCGUCGGAGCUCGGAAUCCUGAUGCGAUCACUCGGCGGAAAUCCCACAGAAUCACAGCUCAAAUCGAUCGCCGCGACGGAGAAUCUAUCCUCUCCGUUCGAUUUCAAUCGAUUCCUCGAUCUAAUGGCGAAACAUCUGAAAACAGAGCCGUUCGAUCGCCAGCUGCGUGAUGCCUUCAAGGUACUCGACAAGGAAGGUACUGGAUUCGUCGCUGUAGCGGAUCUGAGGCAUAUACUUACGAGUAUCGGUGAGAAGUUGCAGCCGAGUGAGUUUGAUGAGUGGAUCAAAGAGGUUGAUGUUGGAUCUGAUGGUAAGAUCCGUUAUGAGGAUUUUAUUGCUAGGAUGGUUGCGAAGUGAGAGAGAGAGAGAGAGAGAGAGAGAGAGAUCUAAAUCCCUAAUUUGAAUUUGAACGGAUCUUAGGGUUUGUUUCUGAAAUGUUGAUUUGUUAAUGUAAUUGGGAGUUUUUGGUGGUGUUAGACUAUAAAAUCUCUUGUCUUUUUAUGAUUCUGAUUAUUGAAUUGAGUUGGGAUUAAGGUGUGUUAUUGAAAAGAUGGUUCCUUUUGUUGUGAUA